AUGACAGCGUUGGAUGUGGCUCUGUCAGACCUCGCCUCACGCGCGGCGGCGGCGCGCUCUGCUGACGGCGCUCGCCUAUCGCUCGGAGAGGGGGUCAGCCUGGCAGUCGCCAAGUUCAAGGAGGUGUACAACAAACCACUCACGUCGGUCAUGUACAUGGCGGGCGUGGCCAUGGCCCCCAGUAUCAACAAGCAGGCUCAGCAGGACAAGGCGGCGAUUGAAAAGCUC